AUGGGGAAGAAAGUGAUUUUAACAUCCGUCCAUUUACCUUUCUAGAUUAUUUUCUACGAGAAUAAAAACUUCCAGGGCCGCCGCUAUGAGUGCGACAGUGACUGCUCAGACUUCCACGUCUAUCUGAGCUGCUGUAACUCCAUACAGGUGGAGAGUGGCAUCUGGGUGGUCUAUGAGCGCCCCAAUUUUACAGGCUACCAGUAUGUAAUAAAACGUGGUGAAUAUCCCGAAUUCGUUCGCUGGAUGGGUCUCAAUGAUCGGCUCAGCUCAUGCAAGAUGAUCAACCUACCAACUGGGACACAGUACAAGGUGAAGGUCUUUGACAAGGCAGACUUCGCAGGUCAGUCAUUUGAGGCCACCGAGGACUGCCCCUCCAUUCUGGAGCGCUACCACUUGAGAGAGGUGCACUCCUGUAAGGUCCUGAAUGGCUACUGGGUGUUCUAUGAGUAUCCCAAUUACCAUGGCAGGCAGUACAUCCUGGAAAAGGGUGAAUAUCGCAAGCCUGUUGACUGGGGUGCAGUCUGUCCCACCGUGCAGUCCUUAUGCCGCCUGACUGAAUAACCA